UGCGCGCGGCGCGGCUCGGCGGGGGGCGGCUCCGCGGGCACCGCGCGCUCUGCGCGCUGCGGGACGGGGCUGAGCUGAGCCGAGCCCGCUCUGCCUGCGGGACGGACGCGUUUUGCACGGGCACCGUUUGCGGCAUCGUCCUUUUUUGCGUGAAUUUUUGCCUCGCUGUUGGGUUCUUUUUUUCCGCCGUGAAUUUUUAAAUCGCUUUACCUUUCUUUUGCUUUUUUUUUUUUUUUUUUUUUUUUUUUUUUUUUUUUUUUUUUUUUUUUUUUUUUUUUUUUAUUUUGAUUCUUUGGGCGCUUUCUCCGCACGGUGCCCCACCGCCGCACGGAGCACCGUCACCACGCGGCCCGCAGCCGGGGGCCGCCUCCCCCCCCAACCCCCCGCAGCCCGGGGCUGCCGGCGGGGCUCGGAGCGGAGCGGCUGCCCUGAGGGGGCGCGGCGUUGAGGGGAGAGCGAGGCGGAGCGGCGCCACCUGAACCAAAUCCCAAGCAAAAAGCAAAAAAAACCUCCCCCCAAAAAAAGAGAAAAGAAAGAAAGAAACAGUUUAAGGACAAAAGCAGAGCCUCACGUUGCGGCGCGGCUCCGGCAGCAAGUCCGCGCGGAGCGGCAGCGCGGCGCGGCCGGGGCCGGGCGCCGCAGUGGAAGCUGCCCCGGGGCCGGCCCGGAGCCCCCCGCAGCCCCGCGCCGCCGAGUCGAGCCCCGCGGCCGCAGCCAUGGUGCAGCAGACGGGCACGGCGGAGAACACGGAGGCGCUGCCCGCCGCCGAGACCUCGGCCGCCGGGGUCGGGCUGGAGCUGGGCAUCGCCUCGUCGCCUACGCCCGGCUCCACCGCCUCGACGGGAGGCAAGGCGGACGACCCGAGCUGGUGCAAGACGCCCAGCGGGCACAUCAAGCGACCGAUGAACGCCUUCAUGGUGUGGUCGCAGAUCGAGCGGCGGAAGAUCAUGGAGCAGUCGCCCGACAUGCACAACGCGGAGAUCUCCAAGCGCCUGGGCAAGCGCUGGAAGCUGCUGAAGGACAGCGAGAAGAUCCCCUUCAUCCGGGAGGCGGAGCGGCUGCGCCUCAAGCACAUGGCGGACUACCCCGACUACAAGUACCGGCCCAGGAAGAAGGUGAAGUCGGGCAACAGCUCUGCCAAGCCCGCGGACAAGGCGGACAGGGCCGCCGGCGGGGGCGGGGGCGGCGCCGGGCCCGGCGGGGGCAGCGCGGGCGGCGGCCCCGGCGGCGGCACGGCCAAACCCGCCCCGAAGAAGGGAGGCGGUGGCGGCGGCCCGCGGCCCUCCCCCGCCGGCCCCAAGCCUCACGGCAAGGCGGCGGCGGGCGGCAAGGCCUCGCCGUCGGGAACCGGCGAGCCGACGGCCGCGCCCCCCCCGCCGCCGCCGCCCGAGCACCAGGCGCUGUACAAGCCGAGGGGCGCGCCGGCGGCGCCCGGCAAAGCGGCGGCCGAGAGGAAGCUGAAGCGCGUUUACAUCUUCGGCGGCGGAGGGCCGGCGGCGGCCGCCUCGGGCUCGCCCGGCGGCGCCGUGCCCGGCAGCCCCACGCUGAGUAGCGCGGCCGAGGCCGGCGACCCGCUGAGCCUGUACGAGGAGGCGGGCGGCGCGGCGCGACCCGACGGGGACUGCCCCUCGCCGCCGGGCGCCCGUUCGCCCGCCGAGCACCGCGGCUACGCCGGCCCGAGAGCCGCUUCGCCCGCCCCCUCCACGGCGCGAUCCUCCUCCGCGUCCUCCCACUCGUCCUCCGCCUCCUCGGCCGGCUCCUCGUCGUCGGACGACGAGUUCGAGGACGACCUCUUGGACCUGAACCCCAGCCCCGGCUUCGAGAGCAUGUCCCUCGGCGGCUUCGGCUCCUCCGCGCUCGACCGGGACCUGGAUUUUAACUUGGAGCCCGGCUCGGGCUCGCACUUUGAGUUCCCGGACUACUGCACCCCGGAGCUGAGCGAGAUGAUCGCGGGCGACUGGCUGGAAGCCAACUUCUCCGACCUGGUGUUCACGUACUGAGGCGGGGCCGCCCGAGGCCGGCGGCGACCGAAAGGACCGCGGGAGCGCUGCCCGCCGCUGUGCCACCGCCCCGGGACGGACUGAGAAGGGACCGCGGUGCCGCGCGGAGCUCCCGCGGGGAUUCGUCCUCGCCCUCUGCUGCGAUAGAGCGACCAGAACUGCUUUGAAAGGAAACGAGGAUCGGCUGAACCCUCCCCCGCCCCGCACUGCUCGCUCCGGGGGCUGAGGUGCCGUCGCGGGGCCCGAAAACACGA